GAAAUUCAUGACCGGAAGUUAUUGGUUUGGUUAGCGUUCAAGCUCCUUUGGCCGGGAGAGACAAGAUAUAAAUCCAUUUUCCUUUUAUUAACCGAGUAUAAAAUGGCCGGAACGGCGUCGGUCGCUGGAGAAGUGUUUGUAGAUGCUCUGCCGUAUUUUGACCAAGGUUAUGACGCUGCAGGUGUCCGAGAAGCGGUGAGUCGGUUUGUUUUAAUUGACUUGGUCUGCUAACCUUAGCAUGCUAGCUAACCAUGUGUAAACUUGGACGCAAACUCGCAUUUUAAUUACAUAUUAAAGAUACUCCGAGAAAAUAUAUAUCCUCUGUUUGACAAGAACGAAUGAAAUUGUUGAAACAGACAUGCUUGUAACGUCUACUUUACAGAAGAUCUCCUAAUAUCAGCUGUUUUGGAUAAGUAAACAAUGUUUGAUCAUGGUUUAACAAGGAAGAGGGGAACGAUUGAUACCAGAAACUUCAGAUUCAGAUUUCUUUAUUGUCACGAUACAAGUACAGCGAAAAAUAAGCAGUCCUACCCGGUGCAAAAUACAGCUAUAUUAAGUAGACAAUAAAAAUAUCAUAUCAAAAAUAGACAUAAAAAGAAAUACUACACAGCUAUACAACCUCUGCCAUCUGACCUGAAAAAUAAAUUAUAUAUAUAUAUAUAUAUAUAUAUAUAUAUAUAUAUAUAUAUAUAUAUAUAUAUAUCAGAAACGUAAACAAUUUUUUAGACAAGGUUAUUUAAAAUAUCAUAUUCUUCCAUUAGAUAUGAAUAUUAAUUGGUAUCAAAAACUGACAUUUAUUUCUCAAAUGAUCUCUCUUUGGCUAGAUUUAAGUGUAGCAGUCACUAAUACAACCCUAAUUAAGAGAUUACAGUACACCAGCUGUCUUUUGCUCGUGACCCAGUUCAUCACUAAUGGAAAUCUGUGCAUGAUGUUUGAGACCCACACCCAUAAAUACAUACAUCCUAAGUGUAGAGUUCUCUCAAAGGUCAGAAAUAUUGAAAUCCAUCCUAUUCACCCCGGCUGCUUCUUGUGUGAGGAAAGUGGUGAACUUGUCAAACCCUCUAGACCAGUGGUUCUCAAGUCCAGUCCUUGAGGCCCACUCUCCUGCAUGUUUUGGAUGUUUCCCUGCACCAACACACCUGAUUCAAAUGAUCAGCUCGUUAUCAAGCUCUGUAAUGGCUUAAUAACGAGCUAAUCAUUUGAAUCAGGUGUGUUGGAGCAGGGAAACAUCCAAAACAUGCAGGACAGUAGGCCUCAAGGACUGGACUUGAGAACCACUGGUCUAGAGUUAAGAAAAAUCUUUUUAUCAUUUAAACAUCCAAAGAAAAUGUAUCCAGUAAUUUAUCCAAAUCUAUUAGUUAUGCGUGUAUAUGAUAUCUAUAACAUGGUAUUGAUGAAAAUCUCUGGCUAGAUCAACAUGAUCACGAGUGAUAGGUUUUUCGCAAAGAUGAGAACUUACAGUGUCAGUUACAGUGAACUGUGAGGAGGUGACACCUGCCCCAGGUGUUUUUAUGAUUUGGUGACAUUGUUUUCUUUGUUGAAAUGUAUUCAAGUCUUUAUACUACACUCAAAUGUCAAGUUGCGAGGGAUGAUAUUUUUCGCAUAUUUUGAACUCAUAUGAGUAUGGACACAGCUUGAAUUGGGGUGCACUCGCGAACAAAUCCUGUAGUUAAUUUAAAAAAAAAAAAACUGAAAUUGAUGCCUUUGUUUUCUCUUAAUCCUCAAAGAGUGUGCACAUUAAUUAAGACUGAGUUAUGUUUAAUGUAGCUUAAUAAAAGGUCAGAAAUUAAAAUGACUUGAUUCACAUUUAAUAGUUUUUAGAAAAACUGUCUCAUCAUGACAAGAUAAGUAUCUACUUAUUAUGAUUAGGGUAUAUCUCAUUAUGGAACGAAAUGAAAUGUUCUUUCAUUCAUUAAUUAGCUUUGUGUAAGUGAGCCAGUUUGUACAUUUCAGCUUGUCACUUUGUCCUUUUUCCCUCUUAAAGACGAGCUGUUCGUUUAGAGGUUAAUGACUUGGCUCCCACUGACUUCUUCAAUAGACGUCUUUAAGCAGCGUCGUGAAAUAUGCUCAAUCUACGCUGGAGUCACAAAAGAGUUUUGGGGCUUUGAGAUAUUAGUGUCAUUUGGAGGAAGAGGGUGCGCAGUUAUUCAAGUCACUUUUUUUUUGCCCCCGUUGGACUUAAAUACCUUUCUGUAUGCUGUAAGAAAUUAUAAUUAGGAAGCAGAAAAAGAUAAACGUAUGGCUUUAGUGGUAAAAUAUUACCUGGUAUGGUCUCUUUAAUAGACACUUUGCCAGGACAAGUGGAUUGUAAAAGGUUGCAUUCUGAAAAAUGUGAAUUUAUGAAUAACAAAUGAUUUACAAUACAACUCUUUGUACAAAUAAAGCUAAAGUUGUAGAAUGCUUAAAAUGAGGGGGAGAAGUUUGCAUUUUAAAAAAGUGCCUUUUUAACUUUUGGCUCACUCAAUAGUCUAAUUGCUCAGUCUGUCACUGACUAUUUUAUUGUAAUGAUGUUGGUUGGACUCAGUCAGUGUGACACCAUGGUUCUUGAAAACGUGAACACAUCUUUUUAUGGAUUUUACGAAUUUGAAUCAAACACAAGAAAGUGCUAAAUUCAAGAAUGUGAAAAAUACCAAAAACUGAAAAAGGUAAAAUCCUGGCACUUGCAGUGUUUAUGCUGCUCAUCAAGUGUGUCUUUUGAUCUUUUGUUUUUCAGGCUGCUGCACUGGUGGAGGAAGAGACGAGAAGAUAUCGACCAACCAAGAACUACCUGAGCUACCUGCCCACACCGGACUUCUCUGCUUUUGAGGUAACAGACCCCUAAGACUUCAGAAAACUCUACUGCUUUACACAAUGACAGAAAUAACAGCAUUUCUUAUAUUUUGUCACUCUCUAGACUGAAAUUAUGAGGAAUGAAUUUGAGCGACUGGCAGCUCGGCAACCAAUGGAUCUCCUGAGCAUGAAGAGGUAAACUUAACACACUGCGGAGGACUGCCUUCAUACUGUAUGACUCUCCAUGUGUCUUUAGAGGCACCAAGUACAUUCAUAGCUGAUUCCAGUCCUGCACAGCUGUUGCUAAAUCAAAAUGCUGUUGUUGUUUCUUGCUGCCUUCUCCUCUUAGUGACCAAUGAUGUUGAUUAUUUCCUCUGAUUGUUGUUUUUCUGAACAGAUAUGAGCUGCCAGCACCAUCAGCGGGACAGAAGAACGACAUCACAGCAUGGCAGGAGUGUGUGAAUAACUCCAUGGCACAGUUAGAGCACCAGGCGGUUCGCAUCGAAAACCUGGAGCUCAUGUCGCAAUACGGGACCAAUGCUUGGAAAUUCUACAAUGAGUAUGUGACAGAAGCCCGUCUCUCACAGUCACACAUGGCUGUAUAAUCAUGACUGCUAACAUGUUAAUUCUGCUUCCCUCUUCAGUAACUUGGCCUUAAUGAUCGAGUUGGCUCAAAAGGAACUGCAGAAAUUCAGGUGACCAUUCCUAGAAAAUGUGUGAAUGAGUUAUUCAAACAGUUUUCAACCAAAUGUUAACUUUGUUUUUUUCUUUUGGUUCACAGGAAGCAAAUUCAAGAUUUAAACUGGCAGCGCAAGAACGAUCAACUGGCAGGAGGAGCCAAACUGCGAGAGCUGGAGUCCAAGUAUGUUCUCUGCAGAGCUUGUUUGUUUUCUGCUCAUGGGUUAGAUUUUCUCCUCAAACAUCUGUGUCUUUCCUUCUACAGCUGGGUGUCCCUCGUCAGUAAGAACUAUGAGAUUGAGCGAGCCAUCGUCCAGCUGGAGAACGAAAUAACAACGCUGAGACAGCAGCAGGGAGACGAGAACAAGGAGAACAUAAGACAGGACUUCUAGGGCAGCUGCUGCCUGAUGGACUCUAUAUCACACAGAUGUCUUUCUGUUUGGUUGGUCUAACUGGAUAAAGACACGACCUGAGGGGAGAUCGUUACCUGGAGAUUGUUUUGUUGAACUCCAAGGAGAAACCUUUUCAGAAACACCAGUGACAACAUACAUCUUAUCAGACUUUACAGCUGUUAUUCGACCGUGAAAGACAAGUUGAAAUAUGACAUAAAGCAUCUGUAAAAUUUUACAGCACAGAUGUUGGAAUUGGGAUCAUGUGUGGUUUGCAUCAAGAUACAGCUUUUUACAGAUGACAGCUGAAUUUGUUUGCAAUUAAACAUCAGUCCACCAUGACCAGUAGCUCUAAAAGGAUAAAGCCAACUUUUGAUCACAACUAUCAAACAUUUUGUACACAACAGUUCAGUGUCAUUUUGUCUGCAGAUAAAUAUCCUCUAGUUUUUACUGUUGGAAUUGGUGCAUAGGAUCCCUCUGUAGACAACACACGUGAUGCAAGCUGGCAAAAGUCACAUGAUUCCACUUGAAGAUGUCAUUUUGUACCAGUGUGAAGGUUUUCCUCUCAAGGUGUUUGAAGACUAAAAUGUAGACAGUUUAGUCUUAGUCCCAUUUCGGCCUGUUUUUUAUUUGCUGUUUUAGUAAAAUAAAACUUUUUAUAACAAGUCAAUCUGUUUAAAAGAUAA